GCCCAACCCCUCUCGCCGCCGAGCCUUGCCUUUGGCAAAUUUUGCUUAAAUUAAUAUUUAUUCAAAAUUCAUUAAUUUGCCCACUACGCACUUUCAACGCUGCUCCAUGAAGGUUCUUCAGUGUACAAAAAAAAAAAAAGGAAAUUUACAGAGCACUCAUACGACAGGUAUACUCAUGUAACAUGAUGAAAUACAAAGCCGAAUACGACACAAGAAAUUAUGAAAAAAAGGUUUCUGUUUAUGUAUUAGCAUAACACUAAUAAUCUUAAAUUUGUACUGUUACAUAUUUUCUUGUGUCAUACACACUCCGAAGCAGGAGUUGGCGGUAUAAUGCUAAUGUGGCUAAAAUGCCAAGCAGUUAGCCGGUUCGAGAAACGAAGAAGUUCUUCUUUCCUUUUUCCAACAUGUCUGUUUUCGGGCCGGUUGUGAAGGUUCAUCCUGUCGUCCUCGCCUCCAUUUGCGACUCUUACGAGCGACGAAAUGAAGGAGCGAGUCGCGUAAUUGGCACUCUUUUGGGUACCAUUGAUAAACACUCGAUAGAAGUGACCAACUGUUUCUCUGUUCCACAUAAUGAGUCGGAAGAUGAGGUCGCCGUGGACAUGGAGUUUGCCAAGAACAUGUACGAGCUCCACAAGCGGGUCUCUCCCACUGAGGUCAUCAUCGGCUGGUACGCUACAGGCUUUGACAUCACAGAGCACUCUGUUCUCAUUCAUGAGUACUACAGCCGUGAAGCCACCAACCCGAUUCACCUGACUGCCGACACGGCCCUGCAGAGUGGCAAAAUGAACAUCCGUGCCUAUGUCAGUGCUCAGAUGGGCGUGCCCGGGAAGACGGUUGGCGUGAUGUUUACCCCACUUACGGUGAAAUACAUUUACUACGACACAGAAAGAAUUGGGGUGGACCUUCUGCAGAGAACACGCAUCACUCCCAGCCGAACCAAGGGCCUAACGUCCGACCUGGCCCAGGUGGCAAGCUCAGCUUCUCGUGUCCAGGACAUGCUGACCACUGUGCUGGCCUACAUCGAGGAUGUACUAUCUGGGAAGGCGACGGCAGACAACAGCGUGGGCCGAUUCCUAAUGGACCUGGUCAACAAGGUGCCCACCAUCUCAGCAGAGGACUUUGAAAACAUGAUUAAUUCUAACAUCAACGAUCUCCUGAUGGUGACGUACCUGUCCAACCUUACCCAAGCGCAGAUCGCCCUCAAUGAGAAGCUUGUGCUACUUUGAGGCACAGCUAUUUAAUUUUUAUAUCGAAAUUUUGUUUUCAAAUAUGAAUAAAGGCUAAAUAUUGCCGGAAUGCAUAA